AUGAAAAAGUUAAUCUUACAUUUAUUACUAGCUACUUUGACUAUUGUUGCUCUAUGUGCAGCUCAAGAUGAUCGAAUUAAAAUUGACAAACGACGUGCUAUACCCAUAGCAACUCGAACAGUUCCUCCAAUUGUCAUUGGUUCAAAGACUUUCUGUUUAAGAUUCCCAUUUUCACCUAGAUGCCAUCCAUGCAAAUAUAGUCAACCAAUCAGAAAGGCUAUUUGUGGACAAGGACAAAGCAGAUGUGAAUUAUUAGGUGGUACAUGUAAAUUUAAUCAAUAUGAGAGAGCUUAUUGUUGUCCAUAUGAACAUCGAGGUUGCUGUCCUUUGGUAAUAUAUUUUCCUAUUAUUACUGGACGUCCUCCUAUAUGCCGUUCUCCACAAUGUAGAACAGAUGCGCAAUGCAAAAAUUAUGAAAAAUGUUGUGGAAUUUGCCGACAAUGUGUCAAUGCUACACUCGCAUAA